CGCAACCUUCGGAAAAUAAGCAUGGCGGCUCCGCUAUUUGGCCUCUUUUUCAUCUGUAGUGGCGCUGCAUUCCACCUGCGACAGCCCAGCCGGGUAUUAUUCCCUUCGGCAGAUCAGACGGUUCGGCAGCAGCGCCAGCUGCGGCUGACAAGAGGAGUGGCGUUGCAGGUGUCAGCAAGGGGCGACCAAGACGUUGAGGAGAGUUUCAAGGCGGGAAUGACAGAACCCGACAAUGUGAGUGCAAGGAAGAAGCGGAGAAUGGAAUCCAUCUGUGUGUGUGUGUGUGUGUUGGUGCGCAGCGGUCUCCUGCCGGGGACUCACUCUAUGUGCGGAUAGGUGGUGCCGCAGCAGUCGAGGCCGCGGUCGACAGAUUCUACACCAAGAUCCUUGCCGUGAGCAGCCAAGCAAUGCAGCCGCCUGUUGAUGGCGGAGGCUCUGACGUGCGUGUGCUGCUGGCUGGUCUCAGGACGACCGUGUCAAACGAUUCUUCUCCGAAACUGACAUGAAGAAACAGCGCUCUCACAUGGGCAAGUUCUUGACGUUUGCAUUCGGGGGAUCGAGCAGCUACUCGGGUACGCACCUACCGAACUGUGGCCAAAUGGCGGGUGACUGCACUGCUGGACUGCUGCUGUGUUUUGUAUUGUCCUGUGCCGCAUUUCAGAGAGAGGCAUGCGAGAGGCGCACAAGAAGCCAGUCUCUCAAGGCAUGGAUGAAACGCAUUUUGACGCGGGUAGGUAGAUGGAAGCCAUCUGGCUGUCCAGGCACCCAUCCAUCCGUGUGUCAGUGGCUGCAUGCGCGGUGCGUGUGUUUGCAGUGAUGGAGAAUCUGGCUGCCACGCUCAAGGACCUCGGUGUGCCCGACGACCUCAUCGGCGAGGCGGCUGCCAUCGCCCUGUCAACCAAGAAGGACGUCCUCAACCAAUAGGUCCGAUCCGCGUGUGAGGGUACCACUAGGGCGGUCUCCGGUUUUGUGCCCUUGCUUCUUUUUAUCUCCAUGUGUGUACUUCACCGCUUGCCUAUUGGCAUGCCCCCUAGGCGGUGUUCUGAAUGGUCGUGUUGGAUGUGUGCAUGGGUUGUGUUGUCUCUUUAUACCUACACGAAUGCAAGGAUGCGUGGAUGUCUGAUCUAUACUACAGACAGUCAGUCAGUCAGACUGAGUCGGUCGCGUGCUGUUGUGUGCAUGUUGCGGCUUGUGUGUGUGGUGAGUGGCGAAGCCAGUCGUGCCGCUGAGUCGCUCCUGGUACGCUCAUACACACAUACGUACACACGUACACAACAUGCAACAUGAUUAGUUGCUCCGUUUCUCUCGCUGUGUGACGCAGUAGCUGCCCCAGUGCUUACAUGCAUCAGCAGGGAGAGAACCACGGGGCAGGCAGUCGUGUGUGAGUCUAAGGAGCUAGAGUGAGGCCGGCCGCUUGCACACAGAAGGCCGAAUGAGCUGUG